CUUUGAAACACAUACAGCAGACACUACAUGCUACUUGAUGCACAAUGGAGUGUUUAGAGAGACAGACUACAUGCACUAUACACACACUCUCUCUUCUAAGUAAGAAAAGCUGAAUAGAUGUGUACUUUCACAUCUAGGCACGCACACUUUAGGUAUUGAUUCAUAGAUUAAAACACAUCACACCCACAAAUGCACACAGCGCAAGCAGGAGCCAUGCUGUUGCAUCUGCAGCCUGUGUGGUUUACUGCUUAGCCACAGUGCCAGAGCGGGUUAUGGCACUGCUCACAUCUGCUGAGGACGAGCUGGAGUACUCCUACCAGGGGGAUGAGGAAUAUGUUUGUCUGCCCAGUAAUGGAAGAACAGAGCAGGAGGAAGAAGGGGAGGUUGUGGAAGAGGAAGAGGAGGAAGAGGAGUAUGUCUGUCUUCCCUGUCAUGGAAGUACAGAGCAGAAGGAGGAAGAGGAGAUGGAUGAAGAAGAACAAGUUCUGUGUGAAGUGUUGUGUGCUGACAGAGUGGGCCAGAUGACGAAGACCUACAGCGACAUUGACGCCGUCACUCGACUACUGGAAGAGAAAGAGCGCGACUUGGAGUUAGCGGCUCGCAUCGGACAGUCGCUGCUGAAGAAAAACAAAGCGCUCAGUGAGAGAAACGAAUUGCUGGAAGAGCAAGUAGAGCACAUACGAGAGGAGGUAUCUCAGCUGCGUCAUGACCUGUCCAUGAAAGAUGAGCUGUUACAGUUCUAUACCAGCGCUGCCGAGGAAAGCGAGGGAGAGUCUACCACCUCCACGCCUGUGCGUCCCAGUGAAACCAAUGUGUCAACUCCAACUUUUUUCCCCCUGGACUCCUUGCAGAAGAAACUCAAAGAUCUGGAGGAAGAAAACAAAUCGUUGCGAUCUGAGGCCAGUCAUCUGGAGACAGAAACUAUCUCCUAUGAGGAAAAAGAACAGCAACUUGUCAAUGACUGUGUCAAAGAACUACGUGAUGCCAACCUGCAGAUUUCCUCUCUGGCUGAGGAGCUGGCCAGGAAGACUGAGGACGCCUCCAGACAGCAGGAGGAGAUCACACACCUCCUCUCUCAGAUAGUAGACCUCCAGAAGAAGGCCAAGCUGUAUGCUGUGGAGAAUGAAGAGCUGACUCAGCACUUAGGAGCAGCCAAAGACGCCCAGCGACAACUCACUGCUGAGUUGCGGGAGUUGCAAGAUAAGUAUGCAGAGUGUAUGGAGAUGCUUCAUGAAGCUCAGGAGGAACUGAAGAACCUGAGGAAUAAAACUCUACCACUCAGCACACCGAGGCGUUUCCACUCUCUGGGCUUGUUCCCGAUGGACUCUCUGGCUGCAGAAAUAGAGGGCACCAUGAGGAAGGAACUUCAGAUGGAUGAUCCAGACGUAGAAGAACAGAGGCUGCACCCAAAGCGAGUGUUCCAGACAGUGAAAAACCUCAACCUGAUGCGUCAGCAGCGUUCAUCUCUAGCCCCCUCCCCUCUCAACAUCCCAGGCUCCAAUCAGACGUCAUGCUUCACCUCAGGGCGCUCCAGCAGGGUGGGCACGCCCCGCUCCAACUCCAUUUACGGCAGCGAGACGGGAAGUGGGAUCAUCCUGGACAACAGGACUAGCAGCAUCAUGGAGAGUCCAGACGACGGGUCAGAGGACUCUAACAAGCGGCCCCCUGGUACCCCAGGGACUCCGGGUAGCAGGGACCUGGAGGCAGCCCUGCGGCGUCUGUCCCUCCGCCGUGACAACUACCUCUCAGAAAAACGCUUUUUUGAGGAGGAGAGGGAGAGAAAGCUGGCUUACCUGGCCAAAGAGGAUGAAAAAGGAGGUGGGGAGAGUAGCAGAGGCCCGGGGACCCCGACCGAGAGCCUGUUGUCGCUGUGCUCGCAUCCCUCCUUCGGAAGUGUGUGGUCGGGAUAUUCCUUCACGGCGAGAUCCUACCUGCCGGAGAAGCUGCAGAUUGUAAAGCCGCUAGAAGGCUCUGCUACACUCCAUGCAUGGCAGCAGCUGGCUCAACCCCACAUGGGUGCUCUGCUGGAUGAUCGGCCUGGUGUGGUCACGAAGGGCUUCCGCACUUUAGCACACGAGCAGGGACAGGAAGACAGCUGGCAACUGGACCAACCAGAGGAGGAUGAAGUCUCAUGUGACUCGUUUAUUGGCUUGUCGGAGGAAAGUGCCGCUACUUUUGACCUGCCCUCUACCUCUACUCCCUCUGUCUGCUGUAACAAAAAUGGCGACACUGAUGAAAAUAGCCAGUUGGAAACAUUGCACGGAGAAAUGUGUGCGGCUAACGAAGCAAUUGAAGGAAAAGACGGACUUAUUGGGAACAUGCCCCUUUCCUUAUCCAGCCUCUCCCAUUCUCCUCUCCCCUCUUCUUCUGAGAUGAUGAACGGGCACGUGGAUCUCAAGGAGCUCCAGGCCUUACAGCCUGCCACAGUGGAUCACAUGCCUGUUAAUUUCCCAGGGAAGUGUAUGUCCCACACUAGCUCCACAUACACCUUCACCACCUGCAGGAUUCUCCACCCCUCUGAUCAGCUGACCUCUGUGUCCCCAAGCCCAGCUAUAGCCUCUUGUUACAGCAGUGCUUAUGUCGGCACCCCUACCUCCACUGCCUCUCCUAUACCCUUCUCUGCCCCAACUACGCCUUCCUAUACCCCCUGCUGCACCCCACGCCGCCUCUCCCUGUCUCUUUCCCUGGCUGAGUCCUCCACCAACCUUAGGGACUCCACCAAGACCACCAGUACCUCUCUAGGCCUGGUGCGGCUCUUGCUGGAGCACGGGAUCUCUGCGUCGGUGUAUAACCCCCGAAGCUGGGACCGGGGUUUGGUUCCCAGUGGAGCUUCGACACCCGAGGGAGGAGCGCAGGCGCACAGGUGCACCGACACACCAGGAGAGACUGAGGUCAGACGGGUGGGGAAACGCCCAGACACCCUUCUCCUCCAGCCCUCCACCCCACCCAACUCCCCUCGCUCCAAAUCUGCCUCCUCUACCACCACCCAUCCAGUUUUUCAGUUCAGCCCUUCCACUGAAGACCCUCCAUACUAUGACACCUUCCUCGCCUCUAAACCAGCUCGCACCAUUCUGAGGGAAGUGCUGGGGGAGGCAGAGAGGGAGCGAGGCGACCAGACAGACGACGACAGCCAAACAGAGAUGCUGAACCUGCGACUUGUGGACAAACUGAAACGUUUCCGCACCCUUUCCCCUCUUACCGCUUCGGUUUCAUCUGGGAAUACUCUUUUAGCCCCCUUUGGCUCCACUGGACUGGGGAACAGUGCUCUGGGUGGGGGGCUUCCAGGAUUGAACGCAGGACUGAGGAGGAAUCGAAGCUAUCCGGCCAUGGUGGGGGCCAGUAUGGCUAUGAAAGACCCAGGAGGUGCCCCCAGCACAGAGAUACUUAUACCACAUACCAUGCAAACCACAACUACACAACACACAGUGAACACGCAAGAAAUGGGCAAAGUCCAAACAAAUCACACACUGGUCGCAAAACCCAUACACAUACCACAGACACUACAUGCACUGGAAACAGUCACACCACAGACAAUAAUACAGAGACACACCAGACCAACAAGUAAUGACCGACACAGUGAUGAUGACACUGUGACAUAAAGAGGUAAUAUUCAGUGUAUUAGCUCAUACUACCACACGCAAACUCACACACUCUACAGUACAACACUCUGACAUGACUACACGUGCACGCAAACACAGAUUUAUUUGCAAAAACCAAAUACCAUACACAACUAUACAACAGACAUCCCUCAGCUAUGGAGUAUCCCCAGACCAAACAAGUUCACAGAUGAACCAUACAGUCCACCUUUCCUAACCAGCCCACACACCAACUGAUUUAUCCAAACAAUCAUCAGUCUGAUCAACAUGAACCCAACAGAGCAGUGGUGAAUAAACCAGUAGUGGCUGAAACUGUUACACUGUGUCAUACUCAUAUACUGUCAGGCUAAAGAUGAUGGAGUACGUUGCCUUCCUGUGUCCGUUGUAACUGUAUAUUGUGUUCGCAAUAUACUGUGUCAUGUAUAGUAUAAUAUUAAAGGCCCAAUCUGGUGAGAGGACUGCAGAGCUUUCCCAUAAUGCAACUGUGUAUAGUCUCAUUUUCCUUCUCAACCUGAAUGACUCAACUUUUAAAAAAAAAGGGUAACAUGGAUUUAAAAUUUACUGUACUGACCCGAAUGUAAGAUCGUUUUGUUUUUUUCUUUAGAUUAUUUAUGAAGAAACGACUGCACAAGAGCACAUUCACUACAGCAGAUCUUACUUCUGCUGCAUCACGUCAUGUGUGGUUUGUAGCCUUAAUGUCGCUCAGCUAGCAGGUUUUUACCGUCACACUGCAACAGAAAAAUCGACAGAAAAAAAACUGCGAAUGGGACGCACAACAAACUAGGUGUUCAGUCUGUGAUACAGGUUGGCAGGAUGAAGGAUAGAGACUAAUGUCAAAGUCAACCAAAGCAAAGUCAAAACAAACUCAUCUAAAAACAUUUUCAUCUUAUAUUCGGGCCACUAUGGUAUUUUGAAGCCUUUAAUUGUUUGUGUCUGCAUUGUAUUGCACUGAAGUGAAAUGGAAAUUAAAAUGUCACAUUCAGUGACAUCGGCACUAGAGAUUAUUUUCUACCAGCAGCUCCUUUUUCUCUGUAUGUAUGUAAUAUGUAGAGGCCAAGAAAAAAAAAAUCUGGAUUGGGGCUUUAAUGUGUCCUCUCGCUGUGACCGAAUGUUCUUAUGUGCCUAAAAACAGCUGACAUACUGUAUCUCAUUUCAUUAUGGGUUUGCAUUUGUUUUAUUUGAUGAAUAUUUUAAGUUGCGUUUUGUUAGAGGGAGUAAAUGAGAAUAACUGUGCAAAUUAAUUUAUUGGUGUCUGAACCUGCUGAGGGAGCCCCACGCAUGCUCAAUUAUGUUUGUGACUAUUUUUGGCUCUUGGGUGAAGUUUGGGUGAAGCAUCCCCUGUGAUUAGGAUCCACAGGAACAUGUAGCACAUAAAGAGCAAUACAGAUCAGGUUCCGCUGUACAGAUACCUGGUAAAACACUGAUUGUUUGUUUAGAUUUUCUCAUUUUGAAAAAAUUUCCAUACUCAUCUAGUCAGUGUAAAACAAGUUUGAGAAGGAUUCAAAUGACAUGACGUGGGCACAAACAUCCUAAUUCGACACAGUGCUGAUGGGAAAGUCUGCCACAGGCACUGCUGCACCCCGAGCUUUCACUCAAAACCAAAGUUACACCCACAUAAAAAGUGGGUGGGACCACGACGGCACAGAAUUGAAGCAUGAAGUCUGCUUGCAAAAGAAAUUUCAAUCAGAGAUUUGCUUUAUUUCCGUAUUGCUGGUGUAAGCUAUGAUAUGCAUACAUAACAAAUGAUGCCAUUUUAAUUUAUUUUGUCAAAAUCAAACAAGCGUGUGGGUGAAAAAAUGUAAAGCAAUAUUAGGCAUUAUGAGACUGAAUGUAAUUGUAGAAAGAGUGACUUCAGACUUCAGUGUCCAAAUGAUGGUUUUAAGAACAGGAGACUGAGCUUUUAUCACACUUUGUUGCUGAAGGGAAGUUUUUGGUCCUGCCUGAUGAAUGAAAAGGACAAAAUGGCUGGCUCUGAUGCUGGCAGUGAUUUACUGAAAUCCUUAAUGAUUAAGGGAUUAAACUUGCAAUGUUAUCUAGUGAGAGAUUAAUGAUCAUUGACUAUAUUUAUUAAAUACUUGGAUUAUUAGAGGCACACCUAUAACUGAAUAUCCACUGUAUAUGUUUGAGUGUAGGACGUUUUUAUUUAUAUUUUAAACUGUCACGCUGACAUUUUGAAACAUUUUUGAUUGGACAGUUUUAUGUCAUUGUGGUCACAUGAUAAACAUUUCUGUGGCACUUAAGAGUUAAGUGGCUUUAUAGAAACAUUUCCGUUUAAAACAAUGGGUACAGUUAGUUGUCUACCAGCUUACUUCAUAACGGCUGCACAUUUGGGUGAAUAGGAAAAAAACAAAAAGACAACAAUUCACAGUAUUUAAUAAUGAUACCAAGUGCCAAGACUGACGAGACAUGUUGGUGUGUGUUUGUGUGUGAGCUUCUUUUUCUGUGUGUCACUUGAAUCAUCUGAAUGUAAGUUAUUACAAACAGUAAUCCUGCUGUAGGGCCAUACAUUUGUGUAUAGUAUGUUGAUUCAUCUUUAUUAGUUUGUUUUAACCUCAAAAGGGGGACUAUUAUUACAUUGUAAAAUGUAUGCAACACAACACAUAUAGCCAUGCUAAUUUUUUUUGUUUCUUUUUUAAAUAAAACUGUAACAGUAGAGGAAAAAGACAGGAAAUUUAGUUGUUUAUUUUGAGUAAAGAGGGAAAGAAACUUUUCUGUUCAGGGACUGAAGUGUUCUAUUCUACAGAACAGACUGUACUGUCAAUAAGAAAAUAAAUACAUAAAGACUGA